AUGUGCAGGAAUCCUAACCUUCAAUGUGACUUUCGUGAGCCUCUUCCUAUUCGGCACACCUAUCAUCAGCUUGGAGAUGUUAACAUUGCUGGCAUUAUUUCUGCAUUCGUAAUAUUUUCUGAUCCCAUUGUGUUCAGUCAACAUCCUUCCAAGGCAUUUCAUGAUGGACCUAUGAUAGUUUUUCAGAAUUACCAGCAUAUCCUGGCUUUAGUUUUUUCUGUAAUAGAGAUAGAUGAAAAAACCCAGAUCCUCCCCAAUGUCACUCUGGGCUUCCACAUUUUUAACAGCAAUUUUAGUCCAAGCUGGACUUACUUUGCCUCAAUCAAUCUACCUUUCACUCAGGGCAAAUUCAACCCUAACUACAAGUGUGGGAUCCCAAAUACCUUGGCUGCAGUCAUUGGUACACCUGACAUCUCUCUUCACAUGGCAACUGUACUGGGAAUCUACAAAGUUCCUCAGGAGAUGGCAAGCCCACCAGCCCCGUCCUGUACUACUGCUGGCUUCAUGGGGGUGCUUUCCCCUCCUGGUAGUGCUACUCUCAGUGUCAGAUUCAACAACAGUGUUGGUGAAAAGAUCUCCUUUGAUACAAAUGGAGAAUUCAUUGGUGGAUUUGAUAUUAUCAACUGGAUCACUUUCUCAAAUCAAUCAUUUGCAAGGGUCAAAGUUGGAGUGAUAGAUCCAACAGCUCCAGCAGACAAAUUCUUCAAUAUUUCUGUAGAUUCCAUCACAUGGCCAGUAGGCUUUAAUCAGGCAUUACCUUUAUCUUUGUGUAAUGAUCCUUGUGAGAGAGGAUACAGCAAGGUCAAGAAAGAAGGGAAGUUGUUUUGUUGCUAUGAUUGCCAUCUAUGUCCAGAGGGGAAAAUAUCAAAGCAGAAGGACAUAGAUGACUGCUCUGCAUGUCCAGAAGAUCAAUAUCCAAAUCCCAGGAAAAAUAUGUGCAUUCCAAAGUGGAUCACCUUUUUGUCCUAUCAAGAACCCUUGGGGAUCAGUCUGACUGUUCUUUCUCUUUGCUUUUCUUUAAUGACAACUUUGGUAAUCACAGUAUUCAUGAAACAUAAAGAUACUCCCAUCGUCAAAGCCAACAACCGGAAUCUCACUUAUACACUUCUAUUUUCUCUUCUCCUCUCUUUCCUUUGUGUCUUUUUAUUUGUUGGGAGACCCAAUACAAUUGUGUGUCUCCUUCAACAACCAGCAUUUGGUCUCAUCUUUUCUGUGGCAGUUUCUUGUGUCUUAGCCAAAACUUUUGUUGUGGUUCUAGCCUUCAUGACCACCAAUCCUGGUUCUAGAUUGAAGAAAUGGGUGGGGAGAAGGAUGGUCAGUUUCAUUCUUCUAUCCUGCUCCCUUAUUCAAAUAUGUGUUUGUGCUGUGUGGCUGAUAACAUCCCCACCAUACCCUGAUUUUGAUACGCAGUCAAUGUCUGAAGAAGUCAUCCUGGAGUGCAAUGAAGACUCUGUUAUGUUCUACUGUGUUUUGGGCUUUAUGGGUUUUCUUGCUCUGCUUAGCUUCUCUGCUGCUUUUCUAGCUAGGAAUUUACCUGACAGUUUCAAUGAAGCCAAAUUCAUCACCUUCAGUAUGUUGGUCUUCUGCAGUGUUUGGUUGUGUUUUAUUCCAACCUAUCUAAGCACAAGGGGAAAAUAUAUGUUGGCUGUGGAGAUCUUCUCCAUGAUCUCCUCCAGUGCUGGCUUAUUGGUGUGUAUUUUUCUUCCCAAGUGUUUUAUCAUUGUGAUGAGACCUGAACUGAACGAUAAGCACCAACUCAUGAAGAGAAAAUUUUAA